AGAUAAAUUUUUCUCGCCAACAGAAUAUCGCUGCAAAAAUAAAUUGUCAUGUUAAACCACUAAGUCAUAGUUUGAGUCAUGGAAUUAUGCAAAUGAGGAACUAACAUUUAUGACAAUUUCAGAGCAUAUUAAACAAAUACAGCUGGUUCGGUUCUGUUAUUUAUGUCUGAUAUUUUAUGGAACAUGAACAACUCAAUACAUAAAUUAGUGCAAAGAAUAGUAUGAAUUCAUUAAGCAUUUAAUUGAUCAGCUUUUUCUUUCAACUAAGCUUCUUUUUAGCAUUGGAUAGAGCAACGAUGGAUGUUAUUAAAAUGAAACAGAUUCUUGAAAAUUCGAAGAAAAUUCCAGAAACCAGAAAAAAUGGUUGCAUUAAGAUAACUUUCACUCCGAGAGCAUUUCCAACCGCUGCCAGAGAAUCGCAAGAAGCUGAAGAAAAAGAGUGGCUCGAUAAACAAUUAGCAGCUAAAACAAGUUUAAAAUUGGAUUUGAAAGAUCUUUCCCUGGAAGAAAGGAAUCCUGAUUGGUUGAAAUCUAAAGCUGAAUUCAUGAUGAGAAACGAAGAUUUCAAAUCUGCAGUGAAUGCAUUUAGUCUCGCUAUUCGAAUGUGUCCGAAUCUGUACAGUUUGUAUUCUGGAAGGGCAGCUUGUCAUUUGCAGUUGCAUAACUUACAUAAAGCCAUUGAAGAUUCUUCAAAGGCUAUAGAGCUGUUGCAACCUCUCACAAAAUCCAAUGCUGAUGCUCGAGCUGAAGUGCACAAAAUACGCGGAAAUGCAUUUCAAAUGCUAGAACUACCCGUGGAAGGAUUGAUAGAACUUACUGCAGCUCUGAAAAUAAAACCAAAUGAUGAAGAUUUAAUAAGAAAAUGUAAGAUGCUUCAAGAUUACAUUGGCACUCAAUGAAUUAAAAUAUACCCUCUUAAGUCACUUUAAUCACCACCCAUCAUCUUCAUGAAGGAAAACAAAUUGUUGCAAAGAAAAUAUAAGUUCAGCAUGUUACUAGCAAAUCUUUUUUUCUCAGUUAUAUUAUGUAUAUAAGAUUAUUCAUCCAAUAAAUGUAUUGGCUAAUAUCUGUCUUCAGCUUACAUUAUUAAGACUUAAUGAAAUUUGGGUCAAAAUGAACAAUAACUACAAUAAACGAAAUUGAAAUAUUUAUUUAUUUAAAAAAAAAUCAUUUAAAACAGCUAUUAAUACAUGCCAAUAAAAUUCGUAACUUUGUUCUUAAAAUAUACACAAUGGCAUUCUAGAUGUGGUGGAAAAGAAUGGAAUAU